GGAGUUUCCGCGGACAGGGUGCGCCGCCCUGUCGGGCACGGCCGGAAACAGCCAGGCAUACAAACAAGCACAAAUGGCUGCUAACGUGAACCGCGCUGCAGUGGGCGAUGAUAAAACGAAGAAAAAGAAGCUUCGAGGCCGGCGAUAUUGCUGCGUUUAUAAAUGUCAUAACCAAGAAGGCUUUGACAGCAGCGUGUCCUUUUAUACAUUCCCUUCACGACCGUACGAAAAAGAGCGGCGGCAGCGUUGGAUACAGGCUGUUCGGCGCGCUGGGCCUGACGGAGAAUCUUGGCAACCAAAUUCAAACACCAGAAUUUGCAGCCGGCACUUCUCAGGGAAUGCAAGGAGCAAUAUCAUGCAGCACCCUGCAUACGUGCCGACUAUUUUUCCGUCAGCAUACCGCCGCACGGUUCCUUGCGACCCUUCGGCCCCGACAGAGCGUUUUCAGCGAUGGCAAAAGAGACCACGGGACCAAACAAAGUCGCCCUCAGAAGAAAAGGUCAAGGACACCACUAGUUCGACUGGAGCCUCUCAUCAGCUGCAACUAUGCCCUGACCUGACAGAUGAGAGUAUUAGCUUGGAGCUGGUUGAGUCCACUGAUGAUCAGCAAGGUGAAUUGUUGCGUGCUACUGUGGAAGAAGAGUGCCAUCACGAAGAUGCAGCCACAUCGGACACCGCUAGUUCGACUGGAGCCUCUCAUCAGCUGCAACUAUGCCCUGACCUGACAGAUGAGAGUAUUACCUUGGAGCUGGUUGAGUCCACUGAUGAUCAGCAAGGUGAAUUGUUGCAUGCUACUAUGGAAGAAGAGAUGCACGAAGAUGCAGCCACAUCGUGUUCUUCCACAUCAGCGGAGAGACUUCCAUCUCUGCUACACCAUGCUGUGGGGCCAAGUGCUAGAGUGUGUUUUUUUGGGGGCUUCGACACAGUGUCUUUGACACCCGGGGCAGUGAGGGACCUUUGUGGAGUUUGCGACAAUGUUUUUGCAAUGCUGUUAGGUCUGCUGCCUGAAGUGAGGGAUAAGACAACUGAUGUAAGCCUUCCGAACAAGCUUUUAAUAUUUCUAUUCAAGAUGAAACAUGGUUUGCCUUUCAGUGCCAUUGCAGUACUUUUUGGCAUUCAUGAGACUACAGUGUCACGAAUUUUUCAUGCUGUUUUGGGCACACUGGCAACUGCAACGCGAAAGUGGAUUUACAAGCCACAGAUGCACGUUAUAAAAGACACACGUCCAGAGUGCUUUAAAUUAAAUUAUCCAGAGUGCACAGUCAUCGUCGACUGUACCGAAGUGCGCACAGAAACGCCAUCAGAAGUCAGACAACAACAUGUUCUGUUCUCCACGUACAAAAAUGGCUUCACCUUGAAAUUUUUGGUAGCAAUCGCCCCCUCUGGCUUUAUUGUGUUCAAGUCUAAAUCCUAUGGUGGACGUUGCUCAGACACACAAAUUGUGCUGGAGUCGGGAUUCCUCGACAUAAUUUGUCAGAAUGAUGUUAUUCUUGCUGACAAAGGUUUCCCAGGAAUACUGGCAGGUGUGGUAGGCAAAAGUGCUGUACUGAUCAUGCCCCCUUUCUCUACAGGCAGUCAGCCUUUCACACCUCAGGAACUGAAACAAACGUACAAUGUUGCACAAGUACGUGUCCAUGUGGAGAGAGUUAUACAGCGCAUAAAAAUACAUGGAAUUUUGGUAAACCGUGUUCCUAUCAGUUUGAUUCCUGCCAUGAGUGACAUUUUCCAUAUGUGCUGUGUUUUGGCAAAUCUGCAAAGUUCAAUAAUUCAAAGUGGUGGAAAGUAAGUGGCUUCAUUUUCAGUAACAUUCAUGAACACAAGCAGAAGUUUUUGCUAAACUGCACUGUGGAGUCUUGCCAAUGGGUUUUACUUUUAUCUUUGGUUCUUGCUUGGCUGAUGUCGCAGUAAUCUCACUGUGUGGCUUGUAUAUACUCUAGAAUGUAUUCACAUCGAAGUCUUCAUGCUGGAUUAUGCUCUCAAUGCUAUUAAACUUAACUAUUCUUUGUAUAUAGGUUUAAUCU